AUGGAUCAAUUAAAACUACUGAAGGCAGCAAGAAGCCGUGCGAAGGCAAGCAUCACGCGUUUGCUAACGGCGUCACAAGAACCACGUGCGGGAUCACCCUGGGAACAGGACGAAAUAACAGUGUCAUUGGAUAGGCUCAAUACCGUUUGGAAAGAAUUUGAGACACUCAGCGACAAAAUGCCCCUUUUCGACGAGGAAGAGGGGUAUGUUGAUCCAGCCAUCGACAACGAGCGGUACGAAGACAAGUACUUGCAAACAAACACCUUAUUUCACUCGCUAAAACGGGCUUGCGAACAAGCAAAGGAGAGCGAGGGGGAAAGCAACAACGGAAGACAGUCUGGCAACCUUGAUAAAGCCUCAUCUAUUUCAUCAGGGUUGGGUAACGAAAAUCUGGUUCGUUUUCUACAACAAAAACAGGAGCUUAAUGAACGUUUGGCUGAGCAACAAACUACGUUUUUGCGGGCAAACUCGACAGCAAACGUAAUGCAGAACGAGUUGCCAAAAAUACACAUAAAGUCUUUUACUGGUGACUACAAGGAGUGGCCAGCAUUCAAGAACAUCUUCGAGAGCACGAUUCACAGCAAGCAGCAUUUGACAGCGAUACAAAAGUUUCACUACUUAAAGACAUACAUUACGGGAGAAGCAACUGACUUAAUACGUCACAUGCCAAUUACGGAUGCAGCUUACGAGUCAGCUUGGAAUUGCUUGAUUGAGCGCUAUAACAGACCACGUCAUAUUGUAAACACUCUGCUGGAUACUUUUGUAAACUUACCUUCGACAUCCAGAGCAGAUGUAUCAAUACUGCGCAAAGUAACAGACGGAGCUACAGAGAUUGUACGAGGCUUGGAUGCAGCAGGGCAAACAAACAGGGACUGCUGGGUAAUUCAUUUCAUUCUGGCCAAGAUUGACGCUGAAACUCGACGCAAGUGA